AUAUGGAUUGAGUAAUACGUAAAGAUAAUUUUUUAUUAGUAUAAAUAAGAAACUAUACUUUUAGCGAUGGUGGUCCAUAUAAUGAAAAAGGUGAUUGGAAUAAAAAAGGAAGAUGGAUUGAAUUGAUAGAAGGGUUUAAAUUCUUAUUUAAUGGAAUUAACGAUGACAUUUAUAGAGAUGGAUAGAAAGUUUGUAGGUGAAUAAUAUGAAUGAGGGAAAAUUAAUGUACUCUUUGAAAUAAUUUUUUUAGGGGUGGUGGAUUAUUUGAUGAAGAGAGUAAAGGAAUUAAGAUUGGUUAUUGGAUGGAGUUGAGUGAUGGCUAAGAUAAACGGUCUUAGGUGAUUCAUGUUGAAUAUAGAUAUGGAAAGAAAUUUGGUAAUGGGUAUAUACUUGAAUAUAAUACGUUAAGUUAAAAAAUAAUAAACAAUUAAAAUUAGAAUAAAAUUUAUGUGAGCAUUUAUAAUUGCCAUUCAUGA